AUGGAAAAUACUGAUAAAAGACCACAGUUUGGAAAUAGACUACUAGAAAAUGUGGAUGAGGUCUUCAAACAUAACGCUUGGGACAAUGUACAGUGGGAUGCGGAACAAGAAGAAGCAGCAGCAAAGAAAGUACAACAGAACUCUAUUAUAAAAUUAUCAGAUGAAAAUAUAAAAGACUUAGAAGAGAAUGCUAAUAAACAUUGGGACGCCUUUUAUGAUAUACACCAAAAUAGAUUUUUUAAAGACCGUCACUGGUUAUUCACGGAGUUCCCUGAACUAGCACCUGAUAAUACAUCAGCUCCUGUCAGGGUGUUUCCACAAACUGAAAUUGACCAAUCAUAUGAAACUAGAAAUGAAACUAACCUAUCAACCAAUAUAGAUAACGAAAACAAAAGAUUCAUAUUUGAAAUUGGCUGUGGGGUCGGCAAUACUAUAUUUCCUAUACUCCAGUACAGUCAAGAUCCUAAUUUAUUCAUAUAUGGGUGUGAUUUCUCAUCCAAAGCAAUAGAUAUUAUGCAACAAAGUGAUUUAUAUGACAAGAAGAGGUGUGAGGUGUUCGUCUUAGAUGCAACUUUACCUGAAUGGCAAGUUCCAUUCAAAGAAAACUCAAUAGAUAUUAUUGUUUUUAUUUUUGUUUUGUCCGCUAUUGAACCUGCCAAAAUGAAAACUGUAAUUGGCAAUAUAUAUAAAUAUUUGAAGCCUGGAGGUCUGGUAGUGUUCCGGGACUAUGGAAAAUAUGACCUUGCUCAAUUAAGAUUCAAAAAGGGUCGCUGUAUAUCUGAGAACUUUUAUGCCAGAGGUGAUAAAACUAUGGUAUACUUUUUCACUCAGGAAGAAAUAUCAAACCUCUUUAGAGAUGCUGGAUUUACUGAAGAACAAAACUUAAUAGACAGAAGACUCCAAGUGAAUCGAGGAAAAAUGCUGACAAUGUAUAGAAUAUGGAUUCAAGCAAAGUAUCGUAAACCAUUAUAA